AUGCAUAAAUUUGUGACUCCAGAAACUUUUGUUCAUAAAGUUGAAAAUGAUUAUUUCAUCAAAAAGAAACCAAGUCCUGAUUCAAGAACUGGAAAAAAGAAACAAACUGAAUAGGAUUAUGAACUCUAUCAAAAUCUUAAAGAUCUUAGAAACAAUAAUCAAUUAAUAAAAAACAAAUAAGGUUCACUUAAAAUUAUUAAUCCUUUGAGUAAGCAAAUUAAUAUGAUGGAAACAAAAAAAUAAUAGCAAGAAAAGAAAAUGAGAGAAACUCAAUUCUAAUUAAAAAAAAAGAGUAUGCUCAAUGAAAAUCAAUAGAAGUUAUAAUCUGAUUUAAAGAAUUUAGACAAAAUUAGUGUUGGUGCUUUCAAAGAUUUUAAAGAAUAAGUUAAUCUUUAUAAUAAAUAUUACAGCAAUACAAUUGGAUAGGAACCAGAAAUUAAGGACAUUCAGUAUGAGGAUUUAAAUAUUCCAUAUUAAUAUGUUGAUAAUGGAAGUAGGUAUACGUAUAGAGAAAUAUUAAAUCAUGAAGUCCCUGAAAUAAACUACUAGAAUGAUUAAGCAAAGAAUUUGAUGGAGUAAAUAAAUUUAUAAUUUAAAAUUAGAACAAUACUCUAAUUGAAAUUCUCAGAUGAAUAAUUAGAGAACAAAUUAUUAAACAGUUUAAAAUAACAUGUUGUUGUGAGACAAUUAAAUUAAGUGGAAAAUGAUUAUUUAACAGCAAUAAAAAAUAAUGAUUUAUCUAGUUUAAAAUUAAUGUUAAUAUCUGAUGAAUGUUUAGUAAAAACAAAAGAUUUUGUAAAAUUCAUAAAUAUAUAAAUUUAUAGAUAGGUUAAACUGGAUUGCAUUUGGCAGCUAAACGAAACUAUUAUGAUAUAUGUUAAGAGUUAAUAAAUUAUAAUAUAGAUGUAUUUGCAAUUGAUUAUGUAAUUUAAAUGUUAAAAUUAGGCAAGUAGAACGGCUAAGUAAUUGGCAGAAAAGUACAAUUAUUUUAAGGUUGCUAAGUUAAUUUAAAUGGAGGAGGAUUAACAAAAUAAGAGGAGAAAUAUACAAUGGUGA